AGCGCCCCCAGCAGCAGUGACCGUUCUGCUGACGACGCACUGCUACUCCUGCUGCCGAUGCUGAUACUGUUCAUGCCCAAGACGCCUCCUGCACCGCCUCCAGGGUUGCUGGCGCCGCUGCCUCCGCCUAGUGAUGCUCCAGCGAACAAAUUGACCAACGUGACCUACAUGUGUCUGGCUGGUUAGGUGACUGACUGGCUGGCUGGCUGGUUGACUGGCUGCCCGCGUAACCUCAUCCCUGCUGUCCCCGCGUCGCCUUUCCGUGACCAAGCAACCCAUCACACUACACAAGACUCUAAAGAGAAGCCUACUGCAUGACGGAAGGAUUACAGUCGACGCCAUUAGCACUAUUGCCGCCAUAACACCACCGCCACCGCCACCACAACACUAUACUAUUAACAUGUAUAGCCCAAAGUCUUCAUCUUCACCUUCAUCUCUCUUUCUCCUCCUCUUCUGCCAUUUGCUUUUCAUUCAUGUCUUAAUUUUCCUCAGUCUAAUUUCUCCCUGCCAAGGUCGUGUUGCUACUAAGGCUGACCAGAACUCUUUGCCUUCCCCAUUUUCGUCUUCCUUCUCUGAAUACAAUGCAUCAUCUUCCUCUGCCACCGACUCCUCCUCCUCCUCCUCCUCCUCCUCCUCUUCCUCUUCUUCAUCAAAGGCAACAUCAUCCUCUCCUCUCUCGUCUUCUUACGUCUUCUCUUCAUCAUCUUUUUCCACCUCUUCUCCUCUAUCCUCCUCCUCCUCCUCCUCCUCUUCCUCCUAUAAUCACACUACAUACAGUCAAGAUGUGACACGAAGAGCCAAAGGGAGAAGGAAGCUUGCCACGCCCAGCCACCACAUGACAGCCCCGAAGGAGGAGCCCGUGAUGGCGUGCUACUUCGGCUCUUGGGCGGUAUACAGACCCGGCCUUGGUAAAUUUGACGUAGAGGAUAUUGACCCUUUCCUCUGCACCCACGCCCUCUACGCCUUUGCCGGUCUCCAAGCGUCCACAGGCACCAUCGUUAGCCUAGACCCGUACAACGAUCUCUAUGACAACUACGGCAAAGGCGGGUACAUUCGCUUCACCUCCCUUAAGAAGAUUAACCCAGACCUCAAGACCCUGCUUUCCAUUGGUGGCUGGAACGAGGGAUCCAUCAAGUAUUCCAAGAUGGUGUCGAGUGCCACUUCAAGGUCGACCUUCAUCACCAGCUGCGUUAAGUUCCUCCUCAAGUAUGGCUUUGACGGCCUCGACCUCGACUGGGAGUAUCCAGCAAUGCGAGGAGGACAGCCCAAGGACAAGGAAAACUUUGCUCUCCUGCUGCAAGAGAUGAAGGCGAGUUUCAAGCAGCAUAAGUUACUGCUGACCUCGGCGGUGUCAGCAGGGAAGGCAACGAUAGAUCUGUCCUACAAUAUCACAGCCCUAGCCAGCUACCUGGACUACGUGUUCCUCAUGUCCUACGACUUCCAUGGCACGUGGGAAAAGUACGCCCAUCACCACUCGCCCCUCUACGCCUACAAAGAGGACAAGGGCGCCACGAAGACCCUCAAUGUGGAUUUCGCCGUCAGAUACUGGAUUCGUCUGGGGCUUCCUCCUUCACGUCUGGUCAUGGGUGUGGGUCUCUACGGACGGUGCUUCACUCUAGCCAAGGCAGAGAAUCAUGAUAUAUACGCCCCAGCGCCCCAACCAGGACUCCCGGGGCCUUACACUCGCUCUCCAGGGAUGCUCGGCUACAAUGAGAUAUGUGAGAAGCAGCUGACGGAGAAGUGGACAGUGGUGAGGGACAAGAACAUAGUAGCGCCGUACGGUUACUGCGGCAGACAAUGGUGUGGCUAUGAUGAUGUAAAGUCCGUGACAGUCAAGACUAAAUACAUCAAAUCCCUGGGUCUGGCUGGGGCGAUGGUGUGGUCCAUUGAGACAGAUGACUUCCACGGGACAUGCCAGAGAGCGCAGGAUGAAGGUCAUGCAAGCGAAGAAGGAGACGAAGGGAGGGAAGAAGAUGAGAUAACCGAGGACAAGAAGAAUUUUCCCCUCAUUACGACAAUCCGUGAAGUUUUAAGGGACGGGCGGCCCAUUCCUAGACCCACGCCCACAGCGGCACCUAUUUCAACGCCCACGACGACGAACACCACUACCACCACCACCACCACCUCCACCACAACCCAAGGACCGCCCACUCCCCCGCCUUCCACAGUGUGCCACAUGGAGGGGCUCAACGCUGAUCCUCAAGGAGACUGUACUAUCUUUUACAUUUGUCACCAGGUGGGGCUGAGGUGGCUGGCUUGGCUGUUCCACUGUCCUCCAGGCACCAGGUUUGUGGAGGAGAUGCAAGCUUGUGACUUUCCAGAUGGACACCCGCCCUGUCCUCUUCUUCCCCCUUUCACUAACCCCACCACCACCACUACUACUACCACCGAUACCACUACCACCACCACCGACACUACUACUACCACCGACACCACUACCAUUACCACCACCACCACGAGUCCACCAACUACAACUUCAACAUCCCCUUCCAAUUACUCCUACUGAUGUUCCCUCCACAAUAACACCACAUCACCAUCUCACUUCAAUCACCAGUACCGACACUAAGCGCUACCACCAAUCCAGCUGCCACUUCUACUACGGAUAUUGCCGCUAGAGUUACUCCACCGUCCAUCUCUGCCCUCUCUUAUCAAUCUCUCCCUUGGUCUAGUGAGUCCCGCCAUCGACCGCCGCUCAGGUAAUGGCAUCAAUUAUUCCCCAAACUUUGUUACUCCAUUGAGGGAUUUCAAGAGGACAAAAAAAAAAAAAAAAAAAAAAAAGAACGAUUCACCUAACGGCCCUCACCUAACCUAAUGCUUCUUUCUCCUUACUGUUCGUCCUUCUCCUCCUCUUCUUCUCUGCUUUUUGGCUAUCAAGUUUUCUUCUUAUCUUGAAUAUUCCUGCUUCUUCUCCUUCUUCUCUUCUCUUUUCUCCUUUUUCUCCUCCUCCUCCUCCUCCUCCUCCUACUUCUUGUCUUCCUCAAUUCUAAGGAAGAUAAAGAGACACAGAAAAUGGAGGAACACUCACAAUUUUUCUCGUGGCAGUAAUGGACGCAAGGUGUUAGCGAGCAAUGUGCCACAAUAUACCCAGCUCUAAAUUCCUGUCUUGAAAGGGAGUUUAUGACCUUUUCUUUCCCUCCCCCUUAUUUUUUUUCUCUCUCUAUCUCUUCCCUCUUUCAUUAUCUCCUGAUCACAUUAUCUAAUUUACUUCGGUAUAAUGCGUUGUGGUUCGUGCUUUUCGUGUGUUUAUAGUGUAGACGUAAUGUUGUAAUAACGAUCAAAGAAGUGAAUAUGUGAGGUGUAUGUCUGAGGUGGUGUUGUGAUCUACCUUCUUGCCGUGCGGCCCUUUGGUGUGACUGGCUAUGUUGAUGUUGUAUACAAACGUGUUUUCUGUGAGUUAUUUUGUUGAGCGAUAACAUUUUUACGGAUUUUCUUUUUUGCGAUACCUACACAUAAAACGUAUGACGAAAAAUGGUUUUAUCUUCUCAGUAAAGGAAAUAUUGUAUUGGCAAACAUUUGAAGAUGACGUUCGCAAAACUUUCUCUGACUACGUAUUGGAUUCAGCGGGCAGUGGACGGCGCGGCGUUUGGCUCGACACAGACCACGCAGAGGCAGGAAAGGAUAAAGAAGCGAUAAAAAAUGGGAUCCUCUUACCAGGAGAGAAAGCAGCAUCCGCUUCCUGUUCCGUUAGCACGGGAUCUGUUCCUCGUGCUUACCAGGCAUAGUGUGCACCAACUCACCUGGAACAAAGAUCAUAUGUGUGAAUAUUUAUUUAUGAAGAGAGAGAGAGAGAGAGAGAGAGAGAGAGAGAGAGAGAGAGAGAGAGAGAGAGAGAGAGAGAGAGAGAGAGAGAGAGAGAGAAGAAAGACACUCG